AUGCCUAAAAUUCGCGCGAAGAGAAGUGCCAUUUGGCAGCAUUUUGUCACAGAGUAUCAAGAGAAUGGAUCGAAAACGAUCGUCAAGUGCAACAGGUGCAAUCUCAUAGUGCCCUGUUGCAAGAACACGACGAACCUGUGGUCGCACGUCCGCACGCAUCAUAGAAAUGUCCUCGAGAAGAACUCGCCUGAUGUAUCUAACAAAAAAGCGAACGAAGCUCGCGCAAUUGCGUCCAACUCGUCAGAAUUCGAACGCGAGCCGAUCACUUUUUCUUCGUCGAAAGCUCACGAGAUAACUCGAUCGUUGGUAAAAAUGAUAGCGGAGGAUGUGCUGCCGUUUUCGAUAGUGAACGGCAACGGAUUCGCAAGUUUCGUGGGGAAAUUGAACGGAAAGUACAAGAUACCGAAGAGGAACACUUUGAUCGCGAAAUUUCUGCCAGAAUUGUACGAGGGCGAACGCAGGCAGCUGAAUGAAAGUUUGUCGAGAGCUGCGUGCGUUCACGUCGCGAUUAGUUUACGGCCGAGCAUCGUUCACGCAGGCCUGAUUCUCGCGACGAGCGUCCAUUUCUCUGUGGAUGGAGUCCAACACCAUAAAUUAUUGAGGAUCUCCUUUCGACCAACAGACUACACCGUCCCUAUAUCGAGCGAGCUCGGCGAAAUCGCUGAGACCUGGCGAUUCUAUUCAAAGGUGAACGUCGUCACUGUUGACAAUACGUUUAACGACAGAGUGCACGGCUUGCACAAUACUUGUUUCGCUCAUACGUUGAAUCAUAUAGCACAGAGCGCCGUGAGAGAAACGAAAAUUGUGCUAGACCUGGUGGAGAAGUGUCGAGACGUCGUCCGCGACUCGAAGAUUCAGAACGCCGUUGCAAAGUCACAAGGAUCGGCUGCAAGCUCUUCGAAACGUUUAAGCUUGCUAAAGGACACGGACGAUCGUUGGGUUUCCACGUACUCGAUGCUGAAUCGCAUGCACGAGUUAAAGCCGAUUCUGUCGAAAGUUCUCGCCGAUAUGCCGCCAUCUCUGUCGGAGAACGAGUGGAACGUCAUCUCGGAGGUGAUCAGGGUUUUGAUGCCGUUGCACGCCGCCACGAAGGAAUUGCUCUGCGAUUGUUACGUGACAAUUUCGAAAAUAAUACCUGUCGUUCACGGCAUCGAAGCUGUUUUGAGGAACACGCAUGACUUGUCGAUCGCUGCGACGUUGUUCCGCGACAAUCUGCUGUCACGUUUCGACGAACGAUUCGAUAACGUCGAGGAGAUCGUUCACUAUGCUGUCGCCACGUUUUUGGAUCCCAGAUACAAGGACGUUGCGUUUCGUUCGGAGAACUGUGUCCAAAAAGUGAAGGAUCUAUUGAUGAAGAAGUUGAACGUUUUCGACGAUACGAACACAGGCACGUGUGAUGCACGUGCGAUUAGGAGUACGAAAACGAAGGAUGAAAAUAUGGAGACGAGUGUUUUGUGGGCGGUGUUUGACAAAAGGGUUCAGGAGUUGGCCGUUGAAUUUGACGACAAUUUUGUCGUUAACUGUCUGUCGAGGCAAGAAUUGGACAGAUACGUAAAUUUGAAAGUAAUCGGUAGGAAAGACAAUCCGAUUACAUGGUGGAAUACAACGGGCCGCACGAUGUUCCCGAACCUUUCAAAAAUCGCGGCGGAUUACUUGUGCAUACCUGUGUACUCAGUAUUAAACAACCCUCUGUUCUCGAAACUUCAUAAAAUCUUGUUCGAUCGUAGAGUCCGAUUGUCGGACGAGCAGACCAACAUGCUUGCUGUGAUAAGUUUGAACUGAAACGCACGAAUAGGAUAAAAAUUCGUAUUUUGUCUUCUUUUCUUUUACGAGUUGCUGCUUGCAAUCAACUGAAUCGUAUUAUCGAGACGAUAAUCAUCGAAUAACGAUAAGCUCGUACUCUUCGAUAUCUCAGCUACAAUUCGCAAUAUCAGUCACGAAUUUGAAAGACUUUCUUUCGAAGCGUCAACGAUAACGUACGAUUUCAUUUUAAAAUACAGACAAAGUGCAUUGGCAUUUAAAUCGAUAUCGGUGAGAGUCGAAGGAUUUAUUUUAAUGAAAUUUUUAUUUUUCAAUUACUCAACAGGACGAUACUUCGAAGUCCAAGCGAAACCUUAA